AUGCCCCCGCGUACUAUUACUCCCGUGUGGCUGUCUAUACACACUCUCAAACCCUCCCAAGCUCGAUUGGUCUUCGACUUGUCGCCCCUUGCUUCGCCGUGUGUAUACAGCGUAAAACGCGAUGUGGGGGUGUGCAACCUCGGAAGCACAGCGAAAACAGUCAUCUGCAACGUGGUGGAGGUCCUCGUGAUGGAAAGGCUUGACGACACGGGUUGUCUUGAGACUAUUGCGGAGCCAUUGCUCUGGAUGGAUGACGACAUCAUUGAUCGCGUACAGUAG